GUUCCCCUUUUCGACACGUCAACAAGAGCGCUUAGUCUAUCUGCCAUUUACUGUGCCAUCAAAUUUCAACCUGUUGCCAUGGCUAACUUUGCCAUCACGUUGCUGCUAGCUAUUGUCUCGAUGUUGGCUGGAUCUACUACGGGUGGACCGAUGGGCUCAUCUUCUGCAUCAAGUAGCUAUUACCAGACCACAACAACGAAAGAGUACUACACCACCAAGAAAGCUGAAUACUACACGACGACUUACGCUGCUCCCAGCUACUACACUGAGGCCCCGAAGUACUACACCACCAAGGCUCCCGAGUACUACACCACAGCUUCCUACUACACAACAAAGGCGCCUGAGUACUAUACUACAAAGGCUCCGGAGUAUUACACCACAAAGAAGGUCGAGUACUACACAAAAACCUACGCUGCCCCUGGCUACUACACAGAGGCUCCGAAGUAUUACACCACCGAGGCUCCAAAGUACUACACCACAACGUAUGCAGCCCCUAGCUACUACACCGAGGCUCCGAAGUACUACACCACCAAGGCACCUGAGUACUACACAACACCGGCGCCUUACUACACCAAGACCUACGCAGCUCCUAGCUACUACACCGACGCUUCCAAGUACUACACCACCAAGGCACCUGAAUACUACACUGAGGCUCCAAAGUACUACUUGGCUCCAAGUUACACCACCACAGCAGCUCCUUACUACACCACUGAAGCUGCCAAGUAUUACGUAGCGCCAACCUACUACACCACAGCUGCCCCAACUUACUACGCAGAGCCGACUUACUACACCGAGGCACCUCAAUACUAUUCAGCCCUGAGCCACUACGAGACCGCCGUUCCAGAUCACUACACCUAUACUGAGGCAGUUUACUACACAGAAGCGCCAGAGUACUACACCACGACAUACGCCGCUCCGAGCUACUACCCUAAGGCCCCCAAGUACUACUCCGCCCCGAGUUACAUGUAUAGUAGCCAUUUACAGCAGCCGCACGUUUGACAGGACAUCAAUCUUCUUCUUUCAGUUUGAGGAGGUCAGCUGCACGAGGUCGUUAACUCUGAUUGAUUUCGUGUGUGUGAGAUUGGUGGUGUGUAUGUGCAUGGGGCCGGUUUUAUCGGAAAAAUCGAAUCGGCCGAAAAUUCAGUGUGUUACCGUAGUGUGUAGUGUGUGUGUGAUCGGUGGCGUGGUGGUGGUGGAAGUAGGAAAGAAAGAGGAUCAAAGAUGGCCACCGGGUGGACAUCUUCGUCGUUGACGUCUGCGAAGAAAGAGAAAUUCCAGCAAAAACCAGCGAUACUGGACGAGAGCAGGGAAUCGCUCAGCUUGUUGUCAAUCCUCCGGGCGUUGGAUGUUCCGGUGACUGAAGAUCAAGCCUGGGCAAUUUUAUACCAGUCGGCUAAGACGGCCCUCCAGUGUUUCAACAGCGCCAAUCCUCGUGAAAUGCAGGUGAUGAAGUGCUUCGUCGUCAAAUUACCGUCUCACCUUUGGAUUCAUCGCGACGGUCACGUUCACCCGCACUCGUUCCAGGUGGCCGCCGAUUCCAUCGAAGCUGAAAGGCGGACGGUAGCCGAGUGUCAAUCACAGAUGGAUGAAAAGAGGCCUGUCUUGGCCGACUGGUACCGUCGCGAUGAAUCCAAAGGUGAGACGGUAAUUUGACGACGAAGCACUUCAUCACCUGCAUUUCACGAGGAUUGGCGCUGUUGAAACACUGGAGGGCCGUCUUAGCCGACUGGUAUAAAAUUGCCCAGGCUUGAUCUUCAGUCACCGGAACAUCCAACGCCUGGAGGAUUGACAACAAACUGAGCGAUUCCCUGCUCUCGUCCAGUAUCGCUGGUUUUGCUGGAAUUUUUCUUUCUUGGCAGAUGUCAACGACGAAGAUGUCCCCCCGGUGGCCAUCUUUGAUCCUCUUUCUUUCCUACUUCACCACCACCACGCCACCGAUCUCACACACACUUUGGUCGGCCAUAUCCAGUGAGGUGGAAACGUUGUCAGACACGUUGAAAAAUAUUCUUUUCUUUUUUGGAUCCGCUGGAUUCUUCGUACCCGCUAUUUUGAUUUUACUGGUCGCUCUCUAUUAUUAUCGCUCUAAAGCUGUGGCGAAUCGUGCUGUGGUAGAAUCACUCACGUCACAACUGAUCCUCGAAGCGGAAGAUAAACAAUUUUUUAUUACUAGGUUAACCGCUGUUGGUAAACAGCAAUUGCACGUUUGAAUACUUUAUUGUACACCCCUCAAAUUAUUAUACCCAGAUAUGCUUGAUCGUUAACGUUUUUUCCCUCGUACUCAAUAAUUUACAGAACGCUAAAGCCAAAGUUUUAAUGUACCUACUCCAGCUCAAAUUUAGUUAAAUGUAUUUCAUCGGCGUCGAAAGAAUCAAAUUAAUAAAAUAAAAAACGGAAACCCUGAAAA